AUGGUUUUAGAUUUUGGUUCAGUUUUUGAAUUUCUCAGCACUCAGAUUGUCAACAUUUCUCACCUUCAAAGGACAACAACCAACAGGAAUUGCUUACCUAUUCUAAGAUUAAUAGAUAUGAAGAAUAUUAGAUUCAUCCAAGAUCUUGACAUACAUAAGACUGAUCUCACUGUCAAGAGCAGAAUCAUUCAACUGUCGAAUCAACCGGUGUUUAAAAACCCGGAUGAAAUAUAUUCCAUGGAAAUGAUAUUAAUGGAUGAACACGGCACUAAAAUCCAUGCAAAUGUCCUACAAAAACGGGUGCCUAAGUUCAGAAAUUUACUUCAGGAAGGGGCUGCAAUUUUCAUUAAGAAUCCUACAAUUCCUCGACAUGCGUCGAAAUACAAGUUAAAUGUAAUUGGUGAGGUCGUUGCCUGUGAGACAAUGGUGACUCUUCCAGACAACAAUGAAAAGCCAAAAGAUGGACGCAAUUUAUUUAGGGGGAACAAAAUCCAAGAGACAUUAUGGGAUGCGUUCGCCCAGGAAUUUAGUGAUUAUGUUUCUACUAACAAGGACAACGGGAUUGUUAUUAUUGUAAUUCAGUUUGCAAUGGUGAAGAUUUACAGAGAUUGUUUGAUUCGGGAGAGUGGCGAAUCUAAAUCGUCACAACAGCUUUCAAUGCUCUCUAGAUUGUCUUAUUCAUAUCGUGAAGAUUUUCUAGACAGAACCAAUAGAGCAAACAUUGUUGAAAUUAGUGAAACUAUUGAGGCGAAAUCACUAAUUAUAUUAGGAACAGUGAAAGCAUUUAGGAAGGACAUUCUUUGGUUUUACAUGGUUGGAAGAGGUGUAACUGCAAGGUUUAGAAUUCCUUUGAGAGUUCAAAAUGAUACUGGAAUUGUAUCAUUGACAUUAUUUGAUCGGGAAGCUAAUAUGGUUAUGAAUCAAUCUGCAACAAGAGUUAAUGGUGAUUUACAUAUGUUUCUGGAUGAUUUGGAUGUUUUGCUCGAUCGGAAAUUUGCAAUAAAGAUUGACAUAAAUGAUUACAACAUUAAAAACAGUUGUUUCAUUUAUGGUAUUUCAAAGCUAACAGACGAUGAUAGCAUCUUGAAUGAAUUGGAGAUGAGAUUUGCUGCUCAACAGCCUGCUGAAUCGGAAUCAGUAAAUCUUCGUUCAACAGGUUUCAGUUCUCAAGAGAAGUUAAAGGAUGCUGUAUCAUGUACUGGUGAGAAUGUAACACCCUCCGAUGUGGAUAAGAGGACCGCAGGCAGUCCGGAAUCACUAGAGAAGUUAUAUGACAGAAGGCUCGGGAAAGGAAUUGACAGGAAGCGUGGUUUUGAAGGUUGGUCUGAUGCCGAUCAGGAAGGAAAAGGAUCGACUACAAAAACAUUAAAUAUCCCUAAAGUUGAGAAGUAA